ACACGUUUACGUAAUAUAAAAUUACACAGACUUCUAAAUCUGAUACCAGUCCACAUGCAUGCUGAACUGUAAUAUAUAUAUCAUUUUGUAAGCCAUAGCAGAUCGAAGAGAUAGAAGAGAGAGUUUGACUUGUUGGUUUCGGUUUAAUUUUGCCCGGAAAUGGGAGAAAAAGAAGAUGGUGCCGGGGAGGUCAUGAAGAGAAAGAAGGGAUCUAUUCUAUCCAUUUUCACGCAAGCAGACGGCGUGGAUUUGUUGUUCAUGGCUCUGGGGUUCAUCGGAGCAGUUUGUGAUGGCUUCGCUGGACCUGUAGUGCUACUUGUGAUGGGUGACUUGAUGAACACUUUUGGCACUGCGUCUGAUAACAACGAGUCCUUCACACGUAACAUUAACAAGAAUGCAGUGAUCAUGUUAUACGUAGGUUGUGCAAGAUGGGUUGCUGGUUUCCUUGAGGGAUAUUGUUGGACAAGAACAGGUGAAAGGCAAGCCACGAGAAUGAGAGCUAAAUAUUUGAAAGCAGUGUUGAGGCAAGAUGUUGAAUACUUUGAUUUGCAUGUCCACAGCACAGCAGAGGUCAUCACAAGCGUCUCUAAUGAUAGUCUUCUCAUUCAAGAUGUUAUCAGUGAAAAGCUACCGAACUUUUUGGUACAUGCUGGCACUUUGAUCGGAAGCUAUGUGGUAGGAUUUUGGAUGCUAUGGAGGCUAACCAUUGUUAUAUUUCCCACGGUUCUGCUUCUGGUAAUUCCUGGAAUAAUAUGUGGAAGGGCUGUCAUCAAAUUGUCAAGGCAGAUGGCAGAAGAGUACAACAAGGCUGGAACAAUUGCUGAACAGGCAAUCUCUUCUAUAAGAACUGUUUAUUCAUUCGUUGGUGAAACCAAAACCAUCAAGGACUUCUCUCUGGCUCUUGAAGGCUUAGUCGAAUUGGGAGUAAAGCAAGGCUGGUUUAAAGGCUUGGCUAUCGGCAGCAAUAGCAUUGUUUAUACUAUUUGGUCUUUCGUAGCUUAUUAUGGAAGUAGGUUGGUCAUGUACCAUGGUGCUAAGGGAGGAACUGUGUAUGCCGUCGCAGCUGCCAUUGCCAUUGGUGGCACGGCGUUGGGAUCUGGUUUAUCUAACUUGAAGUCCAUAUCAGAAGCAAUGUCAGCCGGAGAACGUAUAAUGGAGGUAAUAAAAAGAGUUCCCAAGAUUGAUUCAGAAAACAUGGAAGGCCAAAUCCUGGAGGAUGUUUCAGGUGAAGUUGAAUUUAGGCAUAUAGAAUUUGCAUACCCAUCAAGGCCUGAAAGCAUAAUCUUCAAAGAUUUUAGCCUGAGAGUUCCAGCUGGAAAGACGAUGGCCUUGGUGGGUGGCAGUGGCUCAGGGAAAUCCACUGUAAUUUCACUUUUACAGAGGUUUUAUGACCCAACUGGAGGUGAAAUUCUUCUUGAUGGAGUUGCUACUGACAAAUUACAACUCAAAUGGCUAAGGUCACAAAUGGGCUUGGUGAGCCAAGAGCCAGUACUAUUUGCAACAACAAUUAAAGAGAACAUACUUUUUGGCAAAGAAGAUGCCACAAUGGAAGAGAUAAUUGAAGCAGCCAAAGCUUCCAACGCUCACAAUUUCAUCUCUCAGCUGCCUCAGCAAUACGAAACUCAGGUGGGAGAGAGAGGAGUUCAAAUGUCAGGUGGGCAAAAACAAAGAAUCGCUAUUGCACGAGCAGUAAUCAAAGCACCUAGAAUCCUUCUCUUGGAUGAAGCGACAAGCGCACUUGACUCUGAAUCUGAGCGUGUUGUGCAAGAAGCCUUAGACAAAGCCUCCGUUGGACGCACCACUAUCAUCAUAGCUCAUCGUCUCUCCACCAUCCGUUAUGCCGAUGUGAUAGCCGUCAUGCAAAACGGCCAUGUCAUGGAAAUAGGUUCACAUGACGAGCUCAUGCAAGAUGAAAAUGGUCUUUAUAAUUCCCUUGUUCUUCUUCAAAAAACCGAAAAAGAGCAAAAAACAACACCCACCUCAGAAGAGAUGAUGGUGAUAAAUCUCAAUUCUUCAUCCAUUAACGCCUCAGCUUCCAGAUCAAGCUUGGAUAUUAACCUUAGAACAGAAGCUGAUGGUGAUAAAAGAAAAGGCAAUGUAGUAGAUUACAAGAACAAGUUGACUGCCCCAUCGUUUAAAAGAUUGUUAGCUUUGAAUCUACCUGAAUGGAAGCAAGCAAUGUUGGGGUGUUUAAGUGCAAUCUUGUCUGGUGCAGUGCAACCUGUGUUUGCCUUUACCGUAGGGUCUAUGGUAUAUGUGUUUUUCUUGAAAGAUCAUAACGAGAUUAAAGAGAAGACUAAGAUUUAUGCCUUGAGUUUUAUUGGGAUAGCAGUGUUCUCUUUGUUGGUUGACAUAAGCCAACAUUACAAUUUUUCCUACAUGGGUGAACACUUAACCAAGAGGAUCCGAGAGAGAAUGUUUUCAAAGAUGCUUACUUUUGAAGUGGGAUGGUUUGAUGAAGAUGAAAAUUCCAGUGGUGCCAUUUGCUCACGCCUAGCACAGGAUGCAAAUGUGGGGAGAUCUUUAGUGGGUGAUCGCAUGUCUCUCAUCGUACAAACUGCAUCGGCUGUAGCCAUAUCUUUCCUUAUGGGUUUAGUCAUUGCAUGGAGGCUUGCUUUGGUGAUGAUAGCAGUCCAGCCUCUCAUCAUAGUAUGCUUUUAUACUAGGAAAGUUCUACUAAAAGACAUGUCAAAGAAGGCCAUAAAAGCUCAAGAAGAAAGCAGCAAGCUUGCAGCCGAGGCUGCUUCCAACUUGAGAACUGUCACAGCCUUCUCCUCUCAGGACAAAAUCAUAAAGAUGUUCUCGAAGGCCCAGAAAGGCCCAACAACGGAUAGUGUGAAACAGUCAUGCUAUUCUGGAUUAGGCCUCGCCUUCUCCCAGUGCCUAACAUCUUUCACAUGGGCUUUAGAUUUUUGGUAUGGUGGCAAACUUCUGAAUGAGGGCGACAUCACUGCUAAAGGCUUUUUGGAGACCUUCAUGAUCCUAGUGAGCACUGGCUAUCUCAUAGCUACUGCUGGAAGCAUGACCACAGAUAUUGUCAGAGGCUCAUAUGCUGUAAGGUUAGUCUUUGCUAUAUUUGACCGGUGUACAAAAAUUCGGCCCGAUGAUUCGGAAGGCUACAUUCCUGAAAAAAUAACAGGUCAUAUAGAAAUUCAAGAUGUACAUUUUACAUAUCCUGCAAGACCUGAUGUGAUGAUUUUCAAAGGCUUUUCUCUCAACAUUGAAGCUGGAAAAUCAAUUGCAUUGGUGGGACAAAGUGGGUCUGGGAAAUCAACAAUUAUCAGUUUAAUAGAACGAUUUUAUGACCCUUCACUAGGUACAGUAAAAAUCGAUGGUCGAGAUAUUAAAUCUUACCAUCUUAAGUCACUGAGAAGACAUAUUGCACUUGUCAGUCAAGAGCCUGCAUUAUUUGCCGGUACCAUCAGGGAAAACAUUAUCUAUGGUGUUGCCAACGACGUCGAUGAAUCUGAGAUUAUUAAGGCAGCCAGGGCAGCCAAUGCUCACGAUUUCAUAGCCGGAUUGAAGGAUGGAUAUGACACAUGGUGUGGCGAAAGGGGAAUACAAUUAUCAGGAGGUCAAAAGCAACGCAUUGCGCUUGCUCGAGCCAUUUUGAAAGAUGCUACAGUGUUACUGUUAGAUGAAGCCACCAGUGCCCUUGACAGUCAAUCGGAGAAGCUUGUGCAAGAUGCGCUUGAGCAAAUGAUGAUCGGAAGAACAAGUGUAAUGGUGGCUCAUAGAUUAAGUACCAUACAGAAUUGUGAUCUCAUUGUUGUAUUAGAUAAAGGAGAGGUCGUGGAGAACGGAAACCACCAUUCUUUGCUGGCCAAAGGACCCAUGGGAGCAUACUACUCAUUAGUUAGCCUCCAAAGGACACCCAAUAGUUAGUAUUUCGUAAUUUGUAGAACAUUGGUUGAAAAACCAAAAUGAAAAUUGCACCUGACAUCUGCAAAAUUUCCAUUUUGAUCAAAUUGAUGAUACUCUUUACUUUUCUUAA